AUGGACACAACAACGACGACGUUACUACCACAAACGCAAAGACAGAGUCCUCUCGACAUCCCAGAGAUACUCAUCCGCAUAGGCCAAUUCCUCCCUCUCUGGUCUGGAGAGGGCUUCCGUCUCGAGUUUGACCCAUCACCCCUCCUCCGCUGUUGUCUUGUCUCACGCGCGUUCCGUCAAGCCUUCCUCCCCACCCUCUGGUACCUCUACGACGGCUACCGCAUGCGCAACAUCCCCUCCACUAUUCUCAGUCGCUACUCGCCUUACUUCCGCAUCAUCACCAGUACUGGCCCUUUCAAGGGCCCCUUCCAGUGCAAGAACCUGACAGAGCUCAACACCGUCUAUGGCCAGGAAUGGUCCCGCGCUCUCUUGGUCUCCAAUCCAAACCUGAAACGUCUCGUCUGGGGAGGCCCGUUCUCGAGGCGCAUUGAGACUCUGGAACAACAACAGGAAUGGCAGUUGGAACUCAAGGUCUUGAUGGGGCUUGAGAACUUGGACGAGAUUAGGAUGUCGGGCUUCAGUCUAGGCGAGGGGAUCUUUGUCAAGCUGUUGAGGAAUAAUGCGAGCAGUCUGUCGAACCUGGCCAUGUCGACCGUCGCUGGAGUGACAUCCAUUGAGGGGUUGGAGUUGCCUCAUCUGACAGAACUGCAGGUAACCUUUGGGUGUGCCGAGAGUCCUGCGCUCCUUGAUGUCGUCAGAUGCUGCCCCCGUUUGCAGAGACUGUCCCUUCUGGGUUCCAAGACGAGAGCGUCAGCCGCCUUUGUCCCGCCUCACCAUCAACAGCAACAUCAACAACAACAAUUCCAGGCUGGACAGCAGGUUCAGGAACUGGGUAGCGAGGUCGUGCGUCUUGCUCAGAACAUUACAGAGUGCUGUCCAGAGCUGAGUCACAUCAAGUUCACAACCACCAGCACCACAGGAGGCGCCCAGACCAACGCUGUCUUCCGCAACCAGAGUUUCCUCCAAGGACCCGAACUCGCCUUGAUUGCAAAUGCUUGUGGUCGACUGGAGGGGUUCACUGCCGAAUUGGCUACCCUAGACCAGGCAUUGACCUCUGCCCUGAUGGCCCACUCGAGCACACUCAAGUCGUUGUCGUUGACCUUUCACGAGACGGAUUUGGAGACCAACACGAGGAUUGUUGAUCGCACAAGGGAGAUGAUCUCAUUGCGAUGUCUCAAGGCUACCUUGUCCAACCUGCAGGAUCUUCAUCUAGACUGGGCUGGUCGUCUCUCUGCCAACAUUGUCCUACCUCCUGGAGCUACUACAGAAACAACAACAAGAGUAUUCACCACUAUUACAGCCCCAGUCCUUUCAACACCAGCUUCAGGCCCAGCUGCAACGGCCGCAACUCAUCCACCAUCAGGACCUAUCGGAGUUGCUCCUCAGACCACACCAACUACCGCUGCUGCUGCAGGUCCUGCUGCGAACCUCGCAGUAAAUGCAGAGGAGAUGACGAUGAUGUACGCGGGAAGAAACGCCUUUGCAGUCCAGGAAGAGGUCGCUAUGUUCUUGGAGGAGCCUUGGGCGAGUUUGGAACUGGAGACGCUUCGACUCCACGGCAUGUUCAGAUCGGCGCCUCCCACACCAACCUUGACCGCAGGACCUGCUGAGGAUGAGGGUGAGGAUGAGGGUGUGAGCAUGACCAUGGGAGACAAGGGCAAGGAGAAGACGACGAAGAAGAAGGCUAAGGUUGUUUGGAGACUGGCCAAGGGAGCUCACUCAGGAGCAACAUCGUCGCCACAUAACCACCACCUUCAAUUGAACAGCGUCGCCAGCGAGGGAAGCAGCAAGGGUAGCAGCAGGAAGGCAGAGCAGCAGACUCGACUGUUGGAGAACGUGACGGGAUUGACUCGCCUUCGACACCUCUGUUUCAACUACACCACCUACGAGCGCAUCCCUCUCCUUUGA